ACUUGUUUCCAGUCAGACGGAUUUUAUCAACGUACCGAGCGUGCGCCUUGAGAGGAAAAGCAUUAAUUCUGAUACGCGGUUUUCAGCUGACUUGGCUCAUAUUGUAACCUGGCGGUUUGUUGUUGUUAGAUAUUCAUGGGAUCUAACAUCAAUUGCUCCCGUCACAGUCAUUAUUAACUUGGAAAAAAACCAUUCUGUGAAAAUGCCCCGGAGAAAGAGGACCACAGGCAGCAGCUCAGAUGGGACAGAGGACUCUGAUUUCUCCGCCGACCUCGAGCCGGCCGAAGCGGUCGCAAACGUGCAACGACGAAUUAGUACGCGCCUGACUCGCACGUCCCUUCGUCUCAGCCAAAGCACACGAGAAAGCUCCAGCACAGCACAAAGCAGUUCUCCUGCACCAGCGGAGACAGCAGCCUCUGCCUUUUCCUCAAGACGCAGAAGCACGCGUAACCAACAGGGGGCGACAAACACCACGGCCAAAAAAUACCCACUCAGGCAGGGCAGGUUAUCUGGCUCAGAUACAGAGGUUAAUAAUGGCAUAAAGCGGACGGCGGACCACGACGAGACCCCUCCCCGCACCCCGACGGGAAACGCCCCAUCUUCAGAGUCAGACAUCGAGACCUCCAGCCCUGGGAACGACCUGGUCUCUUCUAGCAAUGAUGUGGCGGUUUCUCAAGAGGAGGACGAAAGACUGGCGAAGGAGCUCUCGCUGAAAGAGGCCGCCGCUCACGACCUUUCCCACAGGCCCAAACGACGGCGCUUUCACGAGAGCUACAACUUCAACAUGAAGUGUCCCACGCCUGGAUGUAAUUCCCAAGGUCACCUGACAGGAAGACACGAGAGACACUUCUCCAUAUCAGGCUGUCCGCUAUAUCACAAUUUAUCAGCUGAUGAGUGCAAGGGCAAGGUGUCAACUCGGGAGAAACAGGCCGAUGAAAGGACGCUGUCUCACCGUCACGACGAGAAUCGCCACUCCACCAGGAACCAGACCCCGACAGAUCGUCAGCUACGCUACAAGGAGAAAGUGACUGAGCUGAGGAAGAAGAGGAACACCGGCCCCAAUAGGGAGGAGAAGGACAAGUAUACGGAUCAUCGUCAGAGCCACGGCAUGAAUCGGGAACCCCUGCUGGAGAACAUCACCAGCGACUACGACCUGGACCUGUUCAGGAAAGCGCAGGAGAAGCUUCGUCUGGCUGGCCAGGUAUCCGAGGGGAGCAACAUGAUUAAAAUUAUCGUGUUCGGACGCUACGAACUGGACACGUGGUACCACUCGCCGUACCCGGAGGAAUACGCCCGGUUGGGGAGGCUGUACAUGUGCGAAUUCUGCCUUAAGUAUAUGAAAAGCCAGACCAUCUUGCGUAGACAUAUGGCCAAAUGUGUUUGGAAACAUCCUCCCGGCGAUGAAAUCUACCGAAAAGGCAACAUUUCAGUUUUUGAGGUGGAUGGCAAGAAAAAUAAGAUUUUCUGUCAGAACCUUUGUCUGCUGGCCAAACUUUUUCUAGACCACAAGACUUUGUAUUAUGACGUUGAGCCUUUCCUCUUCUACGUGAUGACUGAGGUGGACAACACAGGGUGCCAUCUUGUGGGAUAUUUCUCCAAGGAAAAAAACUCUUUCCUAAACUACAAUGUAUCCUGCAUCCUCACCAUGCCACAGUACAUGAGGCAGGGAUAUGGAAAAAUGCUUAUAGACUUUAGUUACCUGUUGUCAAAGGUAGAGGAGAAAGUGGGCUCGCCAGAGCGGCCAUUAUCUGACCUGGGCCUUAUCAGCUAUCGCAGUUACUGGAAAGAGGUUCUGCUGCGCUACUUGAAUAAUUUCCAGGGCAAAGAGAUCUCCAUUAAAGAGAUCAGCCAAGAGACGGCAGUGAACCCAGUGGACAUUGUCAGCACGCUGCAGUCCCUCCAAAUGCUCAAAUACUGGAAGGGGAAACACCUGGUUUUAAAACGACAGGAUCUUAUUGAUGACUGGAAAGCCAAGGAGCGCAAACGUGGUAACAGCAAGACCAUCGACCCCGCAGCUUUGAAGUGGACGCCACCUAAAGGGACGUAGAAGUGCAUUUUCUGUCACGCUCCCACAAAAAAAAAAAAAAAACCACAUCCACUUCUGCGCACUGGUGAGCACUCGCACCUAAAAUAUUCACACUGGCACUGUUGAUUUAAAAAGGCUUCCAGCGCCUUUUUACCAAGUCAGAUAUUGUUGCACUCACUUCUGUUACAACAACAAACAAUAAUUACGAUGAUUGUCGGACUGAAUAAGAACGUAAGAGAAAAUGUAGCAGGCAAUGUAUUACGUGUCCGGUUAUUCUGAUUUAUUUACUCAAACAUUUUACAGACUGUCCAAGUAUUAUCACGAAAAUGUUCUACAAAAUAGUAUAGUCCGUACACAAAUGGCAUAGUACGAUUUUUUUGUUUUCGUUUGGUUUUUAGAAAAGCGUGUUCCGAUUACAGUGUUGAAAUAGAUAAUAUUCAGUAACCAUAACCUGAAAUUUGCGUGACGGAGCUCUGACUGGAAAAUACUUGAAAAUAAUCAUUUUAUGUGUUCAGAGAAAAAAUAAAUAAAUUGGCCAGAUUUAUGCGAAAAGAGAAAGUAGAAGUGAGAAAGAGCGUAAAUAUUCAAUUUUGUUCUAGAAUUGUGUCAUCAAUUAAUAUGUGCCAGGUAUUUAAACCUAUAAGCUAUAGCUGCCAUUGGCCUUAUUUUAACUUUUGUACGUCUUUAAUUUAAGAAGGGAACUGCCUUGAUAUCUUUAAGUAGCUCUCUGUCAUCAACAGGACAUAUGUGAGAUUUUUAGACCCCCCCACCCCCUCCUCAUAUUUAAUCAUUUUCUACCUCUCGCCACUGCAUAAAAGUUGAAAUAUUCCACUUUUUGUGAAAAUGUCUUUUGUUGAACAUUUUUUGUACUAGAGUUCUUGAAAGGAGAUGUGUUAUUUAUGUUUUAAGAAUGUGCAAAGUGUAGAAUAAAAUAGUCACAGGAUUCUUCCAUGCGAAUAGAAAUAUUUGUUUAAAAUGAUGUUUAUAUUGGGAUUCUUAAAAGCUACUGGUUUUUUUUUUUUCCUCUUACUGUAAAAAAUAAUAAUUUACAUUCGGAGUCCUUUUCCUGUAAAACUGGAGUCGCACUGCAAGUUCAUGUGCCGUAUUUUAAAAGAAGGCCUUAUCCAUUUUUGAGUGGAACGCUCACAUUAACAGGGUAUAUAUUGAUUCACGCUGCACUGGUAUUAAUAGAUGCGUGAUACAGAUUGGUUUUAUCUCCAUUUGAAAGAGGCAUGAUUAUGAUGGGAAGAUAUGCAAUUGUGUUUUUCUGUUUAUUCUGCCAUGACGUAUAGUAUUUCCAAAUUGUGCCACUCGAGAACUAAAAAAUGUAACGUCCGUGUAAAUCCAGCCUGUGGAGUAGAAACACAAAAUCAUAGACUAAACUUUUCUAAGCUUCUUCAGUGGCCAGUUUGUAUUUUUUUUUCCUUUUGACUGAUUUUGAUGAACAUAUGUUGAGAAGAUUUGGAAUUUUUUUUUAAGAGUUUUAUUAACAAUAUCAAGAUGGCAGUUAGCAACUUCUUAGUUUAACAUAAAACCUGUCGAUGUUUCGGGCUUGUUUGCAAAUAUUGCUGGUUUAGGGAUAUCGCCCGUGGUUAACUAGCAACACCUACUAACUACACAAAUAAAUUGUAAAGUUUUUACAGUGUUUAUUUUCUGAAUUAUUUCCAUUGCUAAUGCAAUUUUUUUUUGUUGAAUGUUUCGGGGUACCUUCUUAACAUUCUGUGGUACAGCUUCAAAAGUUUUUAUUUUUUAUUUUUUUUUAAGGAUCCACCAACAAUUAUAUACGUUCAGUUUUUCUGCAAACAUCCCGACGCUAUUAACAAGUGUUGCCAAGGCUCAAGUGCGCUUAUUGGAAAGUGCAUUUUGACAAACAUGAUCCAUAGGGAAUGUUUAUUGUUGUUUCUUUUACAACACUACAGAGUUAGCUGUUUUUGCUUUCUGUGCCUCUCAAUUAGGAACAAAGGUUAUGUUUGCUAUUUAGUCAGCCAAUGGCAGUUAUGGACCAGCAGCUUCAGAAAAACCUUUGCUUUGAGCAUUAACAGAUCUCGAGUGUACUUUUCCAUAUAGCACCAGCGAUGUAAUUCCGAAUCUCAAAGCACCUUGCUCCGUAUUUAUAGCAGCAGCAGCAGCAGCAGCCGCGGUGAAGCAUAGCUUAGCAUCAAACAUGUUGCUCUGUUGUGCUUUUGUGUUCUUCCGUCGUUUGCUUCCUCUUCAAUAAACACCUACUGAGGUU